AUGGCAUUUGACUUUAACAUUUCUUGCAGCAACACACUGACAGAUUCCUUGUUUGAGAAACUCUUCCAGCUUCAAUGCCACUUCACACGGAGCCCACAGAAAGACAACAUUGAUCUGGACGAUGUGAAGCUUAGGUUACAAGAUUCUAUAAGUCUUAGUGUAAAAUAUAAAGCCACAUCCUACAACCAUCUGGCUUUUGUAAACUGCCUGCAAGGCAACUAUGAAGAAGCAAUUCAAAACUUGAAGGAAGCUGAAAAGAUUCGGAGGGAGAACCACAAAGAUGAAUUUGAAAGAAGAAGCAUCAUCACCUUUGGAAACUUUGCUUGGGUGCAUUACCAUAUGGGACAACUGACCGAGGCCCAGUCCUACCUCAACAAGCUGGAGAUGAUCUGUAAACCGCUCACUGAUGGCCCUCGCUAUACAGCAAUGAUACCUGAAGUGUAUGGGGAGAAGGGAUGGUCAUUGCUGAGUUCUGCUGCUGAAUACUAUGAGGAGGCAAAGGAAUGUUUUGAAAAGGCUCUGGAGGAAGAUCCUGAUAACAUGGAGUGGAUCAUGGGCUAUGCCACUGCUCUGUUUCGUCUGGCAUCAUUUUCUGGUAUCCCAGAGAAUCAGGAGCAGAGUGAGUCAGUGAGACAGUUGCGUCGGGUGCUGGAGUUUGAUCCAGAUAACUCUGUGGCCAUGGUGCUGUUGGCGCUAAAGCUGCAAGAGUUCAGUGAAGAGCAGGAAGCAAAUGAAUUAGUUGAACAAGCAUUGCAGAAGACCCCCAAUCUUCCAUACGUGCUUUGCUAUGCAGCGAAGUUUUACAGAAAAGGAGGCGCUGUUGGUAAAGCGAUAGAGCUGUUGAAGAGAGCUUUAGAACGUACUCCAAACUCUGGCUUCUUACACCACCAAUUAGGUGUGUGUUACAGGAUCAAUCUCUUCCUUCUGAUCAAAAAUCCAGGCUGUAGAGACCCUCAGAAUGUUGCAUUUUAUCGAAAAGCUGAAUUGAUCAGACUGUGCGAGCAUCACCUUGAAAGGGCAGUUGAACAAAAACAGUCAUUUAUUUUUGCAAAACUGGAUUUUGCAAUAGUCUGUUUAAUGAUUGGUGAAUCACACAGGGCAGAGGAAAUCUACAACAGUUUAUUGCGCUUGGAAAAUAUUGGCCUUGAUAAUAAACAGAGACUUCACAGACACUGUGGAUCAUUUGAACUGCUUCACAAAAACUCUGAGUCAAAUGCCAUCGAUCAUUUUCUGAAAGGGCUUAAGCUCCGACAUGGCACAAAAGAUUGGAAAAUCUGUUACAAUAAUUUGAGAGGGAUUGCAAGAAAACAGAUUGUCAGAAAUGCAAGUAACAGUCAAGCCUUUGGUGUACUGGGGUCAGUGCACCAGCUGGCUGGGGAGAAGGAUGAAGCUAUUGAAUGCUUUGAAAAGGCCUUGGAGUUUGAUCCUGACAAUGAAGAAUAUCUCAGUGCUCUUCGUGAAUUACGCAUUUCUAUUUAG